AAUCACUCAUUAUGUACGGAACCGUGUGUGAACAAAUCUAUUAAUUGCACAAUAUUGCAUUGCUCGAAGAAUUUUCUCAGGUGAGAUUAGGCCUUAUUGCGAUUUAGAAAAGAAAACACAUAAAACGCACCGUCUACCCAACAAGGAAAAUUAUUGCGCACGUGCAAGGCGGAAGGUAGUAUAAAUAAACACACUACAAGACGUGGGCACACGUGUUGCGGCAAGACACUGUGAAAUUCACGAAAAAUAACAACAAACUAUUGAAACGAGUUAUUGGAGGAGACGCGCAGUCAUGUUCGCAAAAUUCGAGGAAGGUCAAUUCAGCGACGCCGACGAGGAUGCACCGCCUUGGCCGCCGAACACAUUCAAAGGAAAACCUUCAUUUAACGUGGAUUCCAAGGGGCGACUCGAGAAACGAGUGGCCGAUCUGCACAUUGUAGAUAAAGCAACGGUCAAUGAGGACAACGAUGAGGACAACGAUGAGGACAACGAUGAUUAUUAUUGCAGCAGUGAUUAUGAUCUGGAUGAGAAGACGAAUACCGUCGUAAAGACAAGUUCACAGAGAUCCAACUCUCAGACUGCGUCCACAAAGGUAACGAAUUACCAGCCCAAGCACAAGCUGCUGUCCCGUUAUGCGAAUAAAAUUAAUCUGGAGAAAUACGGGGGUCCGUCGUUGCCAAGCCACGUGGCCAACGUGCUGAUCGAGAGCGACAAGCGGGUCGACAAAGAUCGCGUGAGGACGAAGGACAAGAGCGAUCACGCGACGACCGAGAACGUGCUGGACUCGCGCAUCAAGAACAAGCUGCACAAGCUGUUCGAGAGGGGUGUGCUGGCGGAGAUAAACGGCUGCAUCUCGACCGGGAAGGAGGCCAAUGUCUACUACGCGCGUUCGAAGAACGGGGACGAGAUCGCCAUCAAGAUAUACCGAACGUCCAUUCUGACGUUUAAGAAUCGGGAGAAGUACAUCCGGGGCGAAUACCGCUUCGACCACGUGCACUCCCUGCACAAUCCGCGGAAAAUGGUGAAGGUCUGGGCGGAGAAGGAAUUCUCGAAUCUGAAGCGUCUGGAGCAGGGCGGCGUGCGAGCACCGCGGCCGAUUCUGUACGGCGGUCACAUGUUGCUGAUGGAGUUCUUGGGCUCGAAUGGCUGGGCAGCGCCCAAACUUAAGGACGCUAUACUUACGGAAUCAAAGUCGAGGACGUUGUACAGAGAGUGUAUCGAAAUCAUGUGGAGGAUGUACAACAAGUGCAGGCUCGUUCACGCCGACUUGAGCGAAUAUAAUGUGCUCUAUCACGACGGAUCGAUCGUGGUCAUCGACGUUUCGCAGGCUGUAGAUCGUGAUCAUUGCAAUGCGAUGGAGUUCCUCAGGAGCGACUGUAGCAAUAUUACAGCAUUUUUCAAGAAACACAAUGUGGGAGUUAUGUCGCUUCAAGCACUGUUCGACUUCAUAACGGAUCCAACUAUAAACCAAAAAAACAUGGACAAGUAUCUGGACAUGUGGAUGCAGGAGGCAAGACAAGAGGAAGAUCCACAGCAACAGCAAGUAGAGGAGGCAGUUUUCAAGCAAGCUUACAUUCCUCAAAGAUUGACUCAGGUGGUCAAUGCGGAACGCGAUAUAAAUCUCGCCAAGUCGGGAAAAGAUUUGAUUUACAAGACACUGAUAGGCUUGAAAGCAGACUUGUCGAAGCCUGCGGAAACGCCGGAGAUUCUCGCUAACAAGCACAAGGCAGAUAAAAGUACGAAGGAAGGAAGCGAUACUUGUACGUCUGCCGAGGAUAGUGCCGAUUCCGAUAGCGAAAGCGAAACAGGCAGCGAGGAUAAUAAGAGCAAAUUCGUAAAUUCGGCCAGGCCUAGAAACGAAAGUCCCGAAAGUAGAAAAGCACGCAAGAAGGCGAUUAAAGAACAGCAGGCGGAGAAGCGGAAAGUCAAGAUAAAAAAGCACGUGAAGAAACGUAAAAUAAAAGUAUCAAAAGGAGGAAAAUAGAUGUAUGAGAAAAAAUUUAGGAAAAUUAGUACGUUAAUGUGUACAUUAAUAAGAAAAUCAUUUUAUUUCUUCAGCUAAUGGCUAAUAUGUUCAAUUAAUGGACAUUAGUAAUAUUUAAACGUGCUCUUAAGUAAACUUACUUAAAAAAAAAAAAAGAAUACACACAAAAA